UUUUAAGUUUAAAUUUUAGUUAUGUCAUCUUCUUCUUCAUCUAUCAUUUUCUUUUAGUGAAGUUGUUGUUUAGUGUUUGACUCUCUCUCUUUUCUUUCUCUCUCUAACUCACUCACUUUCAAGAAAAUGUUUAGAGAGAGAAAGUUGUUGUUUUGCUUAUAUUUGUCUACUCUCAUUGUCACCUUCUCUCUACAGUAGACAUUUAAGUUGACCUUUCAGUUAGCAUUUCAAGUCCAAGAUAAUAUAGUUUAUAGUUAAAUUUGAUUAUAAUUACCCUUUUCAUUUCUUUAAGCUUUUGAUCCAAAAGAUUUGUCAUCAAUUACCUUAAACAUACAAGGGUCAUUUUUUCUUUCAAAAAUCUUUUCUUUUUAAUGGGUUUUUUCAAGAAUUAAUUAUAUAUUUUUAGUUUUAGUUUUAAAAGAGGUAGACUUUUAGUUUAUUUAUUGUUUAUUUUAAGAAAAUAAGUCACUUUUUCAUUCUAAUCAUUUAAACUUAUUAGUAGCUUCUCUCUAAUUCCCUCACUUGUCUUGUUUUUUUCUUUUGGUCUCAAAUCAAAGAAGCAAAAACAUAAAAAUCAAAUCAAAUAAUGGAACUCUCAAAUCAUCAAGUUGGUGAUAUCCCUAUCCCUAUUCCAAUUCCAAUAAACACUACUCCUUAUGGUCACAUAAUCCAUCAUGAUCAUCAUCCUCAUCCUCAUCAUCAUCAUCAACAUCAACAACAACAUCCCCAUAACCAUAUCAUCCAUUCAUCUUCAUCAUCUCCACCAUUGAAUUCCAACAAUGGCCCACCAGCCCUAGACCAUGAUCACCAUGAUCAUCAUGACCAUCACCACCAUAAUUCUGCUAAUAGUUUCAAGAAAAUGAUGAAAUACAAAGAAUGUCUGAAGAACCAUGCAGCUUCCAUGGGAGGCAAUGCAACUGAUGGCUGUGGUGAGUUCAUGCCUAGUGGUGAAGAUGGCACCAUUGAAGCAUUAACAUGCUCAGCUUGCAACUGCCACAGAAAUUUCCACAGAAAAGAAACUGAAGGUGAUCAAAUCCAAAAUUUCUCACCACACUUCAAUAGGGUUGGUUCAAGAAAACUCAUAUUAGGACCUCAUCAUCAUCACAAGAACAACAUUUUAGGUCCUCCUGAAGGGUACCCUAGGACAGCAAUACUACCCCACAACCAUCAGAUGAUAAUGUCCUACAACAUGGGCGGCGGCGGCGGCGGAGGUGGUGGAUCUUUAGCUUCAGAAUCUGAUGAACAAGAAGAUGGAAAUGGUGGGGUGGUCAUGGCUAGACCUCAUCAUCAUCAUCAACAGCUAGUGAAGAAGAGGCAUAGAACAAAGUUUAGUCAAGAACAGAAGGAAAAAAUGAUGAACUUUGCAGAAAAAGUUGGGUGGAAGAUUCAAAAGCAAGAGGAAAGUGUAGUGCAACAAUUAUGUCAAGAGAUUGGAGUCAAAAGAAGAGUUCUUAAGGUUUGGAUGCAUAAUAAUAAGCAUAAUUUAGCUAAGAAGAAUCCACUUAUUACUGCUGCUACUGCACCAAACAAUGCUGCUACUACAACUUCAUUAAUUAAUUAAUUAAUUAUGAUGAUUAUUAAGUAAUUAAUUAACUCAUAAACUUCAUGAUUAGCUCCUUUUCUUUUAGUUAAUUUGUGGUUUAGUAUUAUUUUUAAUCUUUUUUGUUUGUAUGUUUACUAUUUUGAUGAGUUUAUAUUUGAGAAUAAUAUAAUCUGGUGGUGUAAUACAGUUUUAGAAAAACUGGGGUUUGGUAGAGUUUUAUCAGAUUUGGGUGAUUAUAUAUUAUGUUUCUGUCGAA